UUAUUUCAGAGGUUCCCAGUUAUGUGGCGUGGUCAAUUAGCUCUGAAGAAUGAUUCCUCAUUUGUACAGAUGCAUUUUGUGUCUGGUAAUCAAGGAUUGGUGAAAUUAACUUUACCUCAAAUUUCGCCAAUGGAUCAAGUACCUCUACGUAUUGCUCAGAGAAUGAGAAUGGAACAGUCACAGCUUGAAGGUGUAUCAAAGAGAAUGCAGAUGGAUUCUGAUUAUUGUUUGUUAAUUGCUGUGCCUUGUGGACGGGAUCCUAUGGAUAUUUCACAACAAACUAAAGGACUAACAGAAGGCUUUAUACAAUAUUUACAACAGAAACAGGCAGCUGGUAUCGUUAAUAUUCCAAUGCCAGGAUCACAACAGCCUGCAUAUGUUGUUCAUAUUUUUCCACCAUGUGAAUUUUCACAUGAAGCAGUAUUAAGAGCCAACCCCCCAUUAUUUGACCAAAUAAGAGAUUCACCACAUGUAGUUAUUAUCAUAGUACAUUGUGAUGCUUCUCAUCCUUAA